AUGACUUGGCGCCACAAUUUGGAAGCAGCACAUUUCCCACAACAUCAAAAUCCCAACCAACACAGUUCCCACAACAUCACCAUCCCCACCAACACAGUUCCCACAACAUCCCCACCAACACAGUUCUCACAACAUCACCAUCCCCACCAACACAGUUCUCACAACAUCACCAUCCCCACCAACACAGUUUCCAUAACAUCACCAUCCCCACCAACACAGUUCUCACAUCACUAUCCCCACCAACACAGUUCUCACAACAUCACCAUCUCCACCAACACAGUUCUCACAAAAUCACCAUCUCCACCAACACAGUUCUCACAAAAUCACCAUCUCCACCAACACAGUUCUCACAACAUCACCAUCUCCACCAACACAGUUCUUACAAAAUCACCAUCUCCACCAACACAGUUCUCACAAAAUCACCAUCUCCACCAACACAGUUCUCACAACAUCACCAUCCCCACCAACACAGUUCUCACAACAUCACCAUCACCACCAACACAGUUCUCACAACAUCACUAUCCCCACCAACACAGUUCUCACAACAUCACCAUCCCCACCAACACAGUUCUCACAACAUCCCCACCAACACAGUUCUCACAACAUCUCCACCAACACAGUUCUCACAAAAUCACCAUCUCCACCAACACAGUUCUCACAACAUCACCAUCCCCACCAACACAGUUCUCACAACAUCACCAUCACCACCAACACAGUUCUCACAACAUCACUAUCCCCACCAACACAGUUCUCACAACAUCACCAUCCCCACCAACACAGUUCCCACAACAUCCCCACCAACACAGUUCUCACAACAUCCCCAUCCCCACCAACACAGCUCACAACAUCACCAUCCCCACCAACACAAUUCUCACAUCACCAUCCCCACCAACACAGUUCUCACAACAUCACCAUCACCACCAACACAGUUCUCACAACAUCACCAUCCCCACCAACACAGUUCCCACAACAUCACCAUCCCCACCAACACAGUUCCCACAACAUCACCAUCCCCACCUACACAGCUCACAACAUCACCAUCUCCACCAACACAGUUCUCACAACAUCACCAUUCCCACCAACACAGCUCACAACAUCACCAUCCCCACCAACACAAUUCUCACAUCACCAUCCCCACCAACACAGUUCCCACAACAUCACUAUCUCCACCAACACAGUUCUCACAACAUCACCAUCCCCACCAACACAGUUCCCACAACAUCACCAUCCCCACCAACACAGUUCCCACAACAUCACCAUCCCCACCAACACAAUUCUCACAACAUCACCAUCUCCACCAACACAGUUCUCACAACAUCACCAUCUCCACCAACACAGUUCUCACAACAUCACCAUCUCCACCAACACAGUUCUCACAUCACUAUCCCCACCAACACAGUUCUCACAACAUCACCAUCUCCACCAACACAGUUCUCACAAAAUCACCAUCUCCACCAACACAGUUCUCACAACAUCACCAUCCCCACCAACACAGUUCCCACAACAUCACCAUCCCCACCAACACAGUUCCCACAACAUCACCAUCCCCAACAACACAGUUCCCACAACAUCACCAUCCCCACCAACACAGUUCCCACAACAUCACCAUCCCCACCUACACAGCUCACAACAUCACCAUCUCCACCAACACAGUUCUCACAACAUCACCAUCCCCACCAACACAGUUCCCACAACAUCACCAUCCCCACCAACACAGUUCCCACAACAUCACCAUCCCCACCAACACAGUUCCCACAACAUCACCAUCCCCACCUACACAGUUCCCACAACAUCACCAUCCCCACCAACACAGUUCCCACAACAUCACCAUCCUCACCUACACAGCUCACAACAACACCAUCUCCACCAACACAGUUCCCACAACAUCACCAUCCCCACCAACACAGUUCCCACAACAUCACCAUCCCCACCAACACAGUUCUCACAACAUCACCAUCUCCACCAACACAGUUCCCACAACAUCACUAUCCCUACCAACACAGUUCUCACAUCAUCACCAUCUCCACCAACACAGUUCUCACAACAUCACCAUCUCCACCAACACAGUUCUCACAACAUCACCAUCCCCACCAACACAGUUCUCACAACAUCACCAUCCCCACCAACACAGUUCCCACAACAUCAUCAUCCCCACCAACACAGUUCUCACAACAUCACCAUCUCCACCAACACAGUUCUCACAACAUCACUAUCCCCAAAAACACAGUUCUCACAACAUCACCAUCCCCACCUACACAGCUCACAACAUCACCAUCCCCACCAACACAGUUCCCACAAAAGUACAAUUCUCAACAACACCUGUCCCAACAUGAACACUCUCAAGUAAAAGAAAAGUCUCUAACAGUCUCUGACCACUAA